AUCUAUCACAUGCCGAAGAAAGAACAGUAAAAAUCUACAACGGUCUUGGUACUAGACUGCACUUUCAUUGUAAAUCAAAGGACAUUGAUUUAGGUGACCAGAGUAUUCCACCUACUGGGAUGUGGUCAUUUCAUUUUGAGCGUCAUUUCUUUGGAAGGUCAUUGUUUUACUGUUACUUUGAUAUGCCAAAUGGAAGGUUUUGGUUCGACAUAUAUAAAGAGCCACGAGAUGUUACCAUCUCUAGAUGGUGGGAGAAGGAUGUUGUGUGGAUGAUAACACCAACCACACCUUGUACGUAUAGGGAGGAUCUUAAGCAGAUUAAUGUUUGUAAUCCUUGGAAUAAAAAUUAG